AAACACACGCGCGCGCUGAAGCGUGUCUCCCGGAUGAAGAGCUGACAUGAGCUGAUGGUCCCUGAGCGGAAGCUAGUGAUGUUACCGGUGACACCGAAGCUUCGACGCACGUGUUGAACAAAUGAACCUCUUCUCAGUGCAGCUUUGUAUCGGAGCUUGACUCGUUUCCUGAUAAUCACGUGAUCCGUGACGUCUGCAGCUUCGUUCGCGCGCACCCACGUGACGCUGCGGCCUGAGGCGGUUUGUGAGUGGAGACCGUGAAGAGAGGCUUGAUGUGGAGCCUGGGGCAGAAACAGGACGCUCUGAAGUCUGGGAACACUUUGAUUUGAUUUCACCCUACAAGUCUAUGGCCUCGGCGGACAUGGACCAGGCCCAGCUGGAGGCCUUCCUGACCGCUCAGACCAGGAAGCAGGGCGGUGGCGGUCUGAGCGCCGACCAGGCCGCGACCCUGUCCCGGUUCUGGAAGAGCCAGCGGUCCAGAGUGAGGGAGAGCCUGCUGGCCGGGAGCCGCUCCGAGCCGGGCCUCCGGGGCGUCUCCUGGAGGGUGGACGUCCAGACCGCGGCCCGCGGAGGGGACGCCCCCCACGGCGGCCCCGUGGCCCUGAUGGAGCUGGAGCUGGGUGGAGCCGGACAGGACUCUGAGUUUCUGUGUCUGGAGUUGGAUGAAGCCACAGUGGGUCAGGUGCUGACCAAGAUGGCCGACAUCCAGGAGAGCAUCGACCGGAUCGUUCACCGCACCUGAACUGAAGGGCACCGGGAGACGCUCUGUCCGAGGGACGGAGACGGCUGUCCUCUGACUGUCUUCUGCCCCCCAGAAGAGCCCCUCCCCCCCACGAGCGAGCUGGUCCCCCCCCGUUCCUCCUGGUCUUGGAUCUGCUCUCCUCUCUUUUCCAUCACAGUCUCAUCGUUUGUUUGCAACAUAACUCAGAAGGUUCUGGACCAAUCAGGUUGAAAUUUUGAGGGAAGGUCAGAAAUAGGUCUGAGGGUCUGAAAUGGGACUUGGAACAAGUGGUUAGAUUUCGGCAGUGAUCUGGAUUAAGUUAUGGAUCCUUGAUUAAUUUGAAACAUUUUUGUCAGUGGGAAGUCAAAUUCCAUUCCACAGUAUUUUGGUCUAAAAAAGCAGGAAUGAUUGGAUUAAAAGUUUUAUCUGGA